AUGAAGAUUCAUGAAUGUUUUCAGAUGCAGAAAGUGCUACAGUCUACCAGGUUUAACAUUGAUGUUACAUCUUCAUUUUCAACAGAUGAUUCUGGUGUUAACCGAGAGACUUGUGGAACACCCCUGAUGGACCUCUCACAGCCACAGGGAUAUUGGGCCGUGUCUGUACUGCGGCGAAGCCGCUGGCAGGAAUUCCAGAACUGCACCGGCGAUAGAAUGAGAGGUGCCGGCGCUCGCUUCCCAGGAGCUUUGCAGAAGCAGCCCUCGCUCCGCCUUGCCGAGCGGCUGGAGUCGCAGACCUUGCCCUACGUGCAACAAGCGUCGUUAUGGGAGAGCUGCAGGAGGUCUGGGCAGGGUGGGGAGUGGAGCUGCGAGUCCCUCAUGGGUUACGCUUGGGGAAGAGCUGCUGCUGCCACAUACCUGGUCGGCUUUCUACUUCUAGUCAUCUGUUUUGCUCUGGCCAUCAUAGCAUUUGCCAUUGACACACUUCGGUUCAACUUCAUACGAGGGAUUGGAGGCUUGCUUUUUGUCGCUGCUGUGUUCUCCAUCAUGGGCCUGGUCAUUUAUCCAGUGAAAUUCUCAAGUGAGAUGGAACUGACAGGAAUCAACAUGUUCAGCUGGGCCUAUGGCUUUGGCUGGACCACCGCCAUCAUGGAAAUAUGCUUGGGAUUCUUCUUCUGCUGCCUUCCUAACUAUGAAGAUCAGAUCUUGGGUAAUGUGAAGCCCACAUAUUUUUACUCUUCCCCAUAAGCACCAGGAAAAAUGUGUUCGUAUUCCAGAGAUAUCUGACAGACCAGCUACAUUUUCCAGAUGAUUGCCAUCAGAUAACAGUAGAAAAGGCUGGAAACUUUUCAAAUGCAUGUAGAAAAACGGUACUGGCAUUCUGCAAUAAAGUUAUCGUCUACUCUAUUUUG